AUGAUACGCGGUCGCUGCCAUGGCUGGUUUCCAAGCCGGAACAUGCUUGGCAGUCGCGGUCUCAACUGUCUCAUCACUAAGCUGUCCGAGUGGCAGCGCAAGCAUGUCCAUGUCGACAGCAGGGUGCUCUGCCUCUUCGUGCGGUACGGCACCGCUGCAGGCGGAAAGAAACUUUUCCAAGCAUCGAAGAUCCUUAGAUUGCUGGACGCAGCCAGAGUGGAGACCGAAAUUGCCAAUGCUAGGAAUCCCUGGGUGGUGAUGUACUAUGCCGACUGGUGUCCACAUUGCCAUCACUAUGCUCCCGUUUUUGAGAGGAUCGCCAGCGCCGUGUCGCCUGCUCACCAAGGAGCCGUGCACUUUGGCGCUUUGAACUGUCCGGACUUCUUGGCCUUCUGCAUGAAGAUUCAAGUCAGCGGGUACCCGACCAUCCGGACGUACCACUUCAAAGGCGACACUGGCUCGCCCUUAGGUGGAAAAAAUCCGGACAAAAAGAUGGUUCACCAGCAAGACGCCUUUGUUGCCUGGAUUCGAAAGAACACCCCUUCGCCUCUGCAGCCUGGAACAGAGGCCGGCAACCUUACCCUGCUUGGUCUGCACACGGUGCCAGCACUGGGGACACCCUCGAUAAAGCCAGGACUGCGCGGUGCUCCAAGAAACGAGGCCGGAGGCGCCACAUCAGUUGCACCUGCCAGUGUUCUUCGCCAAACGGAGGUCCUCCGAGAUGCGCUACCGGCGCUUCACCUUGUAGAUGCAGAGGUGGCCAUAUUGUAUUCCCUCAGCCAGGGCGCUUUCCUCAAAGGCAGCGCAGAUGGCACGCUGAGAGGUCAGAGCUUGGAAGAGCUCCAGC